CGUGGUAUACCUCCGUGCCCUCCUCCCGUCCCUCCUCUACCUCACCCUCCUCCUCCUCCUGUCGGACCGGUGCAGAGUCUACCAGUACAACCAGCCCCGCCUCUUCGGACAACACCGCUCUCUGUUCUGGUGCCUCUCCGCCCUGGCCCCGGCUCUCCUCAUAGCCGCCUUCCUCGCCUACCUCAAGAGCAUGCCCGUCGGGUUGAAAUACCGGCCAGAGGCCAGGUACCCGUGUGUGGAGCUGUACCCAUGUACCUAUCUCACGUGUCGGGGCUCGGCGCUACUCACACACGCUCACAGGGUACCGGACGACAUGAGGCUUAG